AAGAGGAAGCUCUUUGGCUCUUUCCAAAAUGGCGGCCACCAUAGAGAGCAGCAGUGCUGGAGCUGCGAAUAAGAAAAAACACUUAGGGAUUCCGGAAGCGGUGUUUGUAGAAGAUGUGGAUUCGUUUAUGAAGCAGCCCGGCAAUGACACGGCAGAUGCCGUACUGAGGAAGCUUGAUGAACAGUACCAGAAAUAUAAAUACAUGGAACUCAACCUGGUUCAGAAAAAAAUGAGGUUGAAAAACCAGAUUCCACAAAUCAAGCAGACAUUAGAAAUCUUACGGCACAUGCAGAAGAAAAAGGACUCUACAGAUCCGAUGGAAACACAUUUCCUGUUGGCUGAUAAUGUGUACUGCAAGGCCUCCGUCCCACCCACGGAUAAAGUGUGUUUGUGGCUUGGGGCCAACGUAAUGUUAGAGUAUGAUAUCGAUGAAGCUGAGACGCUGCUGGAGAAGAAUCUGGGCACGGCUUCUCGAAACCUGGAGUCUCUAGAGGAGGACCUGGACUUCCUCCGAGACCAGUUCACAACCACUGAAGUCAAUAUGGCACGUGUGUACAACUGGGAUGUCAAGAAGAGGAGCAAAGACAACCUUCUUAAAUCAGCUGAGAGGUCUUAGGAGACGUAACGCUUCCUUGUCAGUGAAACACCCCAGUCAGUUUCUCUCCGCACUGUUAUAUAUUGACUUUUUUUUUUUUUGUUACUUUUAAAGUAUUUUUUCAAGUAAAAUGGAAAUGAAACAGAAGUCAUAAUGUCCGUUUUUAUUUUUUUCAUUAAUCAAUAGUUGUUUUUGUUUUUACUUACCUGGUUGUUCCGUUUAUUUUCUGACUUGAGUCUGGUGUUCAUGACACUGAGGUCAACUGUUUCCUGUCAAGGGGAGAAGUAUACUGCUUCUGAAAGUCACGGAGGAGACACUGCAUCAAAGGGGUGGAUUGCUCUAAAGGGGGAAAACGUGUGUUUAAUAAACCCUUCCGGGGGAAACGUGUGUUCACUGGUUAACCUUCCCAUCUGUCCUGACUCCUUUCACUUUCUCCUGUCUGUCUCCUGCUUCUCUUGACUCCACAGCUCUUACCUCUGCUGAAACGUCUGUGUGUGUGGGGUUCCCCCCCCUUCCCUUUUUACUUCUUUUUCAACUGUAUUUAUUUGUUAAAUUGUAUCCAUUAAAACUGAAUGAGCAACUCACAAUGAAGCUUUAGGGAAAGACACAAAGUGAACAA